GUUUGCUACUCUUAGAUAAGGCUCUGUUUACUUAAAUUCUCUAAAACUAUUCUCCAGAUAAUUGCAAAAAAAUAACCAAUUUCCAUUUUCGGGCAAUGGUAUACCCACUUCAAGUUCUUCUAUCCUGGCUUUGACGGCCACUUUAUCUGCCAGGUAAAAUAUGCCGCUUUCCCAUUUAUGAGAAAACUGGGUUUGUUUCUGUGUUCUAAUGGAACUCUGUCUUUUUAGAAAAUCUGGGAAAUUAAACAAAUUCAGCUGAUAAAUUGAAUCUGAAGAACUGUAAAUUUUAGAGUUUUGAAAUUGGGUUUGUUUCAUAGUUUUGGUAGCCGGUAGAAAUAAUAUUAGUUUCAGUGUUAAAGUAGAGAGAGACUGUGAUGGCAACCUCAUUGAAGAUUCCCAUCUGAGAAAAACCUUGAAGGAGGAAACGAUUUUGAUUAGGUGUUUAACCUUAAGGUUCUGAAUUUGUGUUGCUUUGAUUGUUUUCAGUGGAACUGUAAAAAACCAGGUGCCUUCCAUGAAGUGAGUUUUUUUAUAAGUGUUGUUCCUCUUACAGCCAAGAUUCCCAUGUCAAAAGUGUUUGAAAAUUAGGGUUUUAAAAUUGGGUUUCAUUCACUGUGGAACCACCUUUGAAUCAGGCCUGUUAAGCAUACUCCACGCUAUAAUACCUGGAAAUUUUCCAGUUUUGCCUAAUUGCUUAACCUAAAACACUGUCAGUGUUAAGCUUUCAAAACUGGGUUCAUUCCAGUGUUCCAUUAGAAACUGUGAAACCAGCUACUGCACUUUCUCCCAAAGAGAAAUACCCCAAAUUUAAAAUUCCACCGAUUUCAGCUAAAAAUAAUUUGGAUUUUGAUUUCCUUCACUAAUUUAGUUGAAGCCUAGAUUAGCGAAUAAUUCAACUUGAACAUUGGAAAUCAAGAGAAAAAUCCUAUUUUUAGCCAGAACCCAACUAUAUACAGUAGAUAAGUUAGGGUUUUGAGGCCAGGAAAAUGGAGGCCAACCAGAAGGGCAACAUUGUUGGGUUUCUCAAGCAAAGAGGAUUUGAUGACAAGACGAUCUCAGAGAUGUUCAGGAAGUGUAAACGACUCGAUAAUGCAUCCGAAGAAAGGGCUAUUUCUAAUUGGAACUACCUCAUCAGUACUGGCAUCCCAACAAGAAAGCUCCCCUCUAUUGUUUCUAAGUGCCCUAAAAUCCUUGUUUUGGGCCUAUAUGAGAAGCUUGAACCCAUGGUUGAGUGCCUCAAAACCCUAGCAACAAAACCCAAUGAUGUAGCAUCAGCCAUUGCCAAAUUCCCACACAUCCUCUCUCACAGUAUAGAGGAGAAGCUUUGUCCUCUCUUAGCUUUUUUUCAAGGAUUAGGGGUCCCUGAAAAAGAAUUAGGAAGACUCAUUUUGCUUAAUCCUAGGCUCAUAAGUUACAGUAUCGAAUCGAAAUUGUGCCCUAUAGUGAGCUUCUUCUCAAGCUUGGGCUUCAAAAGAGAAGGUGAAAUUGGGAAAAUAUUCGUUAAGAAUCCUUAUGUGAUGGGUUAUAGUGUGGAGAAAAGGCUUAGACCCACCUCUGAAUUCUUGAGAGAAAUUGGACUAAAUGAAGAGAACCUACAAAGAGUUGCCGUGAACUAUCCCGAUGUUUUAUGCAGAGAUGUGAAGGUUUUGAUACCCAAUCUAGAGUUUCUCAAAGGGUGUGGUUUGGGAGUUAGAGAGAUUGUUGUUUUGAUUGCUGGCUUUCCUCCUGUUCUGAUAAAGAGUGUGAAAAAUUCCCUUGAUCCAAGGAUUAGGUUCUUGGUGGAUGUAAUGGGAAGGAGACUGGAAGAAGUUGCUGAAUUUCCAGAGUUUUUCAAGCAUGGAUUGAAGAAGAGGAUCGAAUUCAGGUACCGUUUGGUGAGAGAAAAAAGUUCAGGUUGCAGUUUGAGUGAAUUGUUUGGAUGUAACCAAAAGAAAUUUGCAUUGAAGUUUGGCUUGCUUCAAUCGAUUAAGGAGCCUAGAGAGAGAGCAGAGAAAGCAGUGUUCACUAUUUGAGUGCAAUUUUGAUGAUUGCCUUUUUCCCUCUUUUUAGCAGUUAAUUUAUGGCUCUGGCAUUUUUAAUUCCAGAUUUUUGUUUGUUUACAUUAUUGUACUUAUGUAUGGCCCUCAUGAUUGUAACUGAGUAGUGCAUGAAUGAAAGUGGAGGCUUAAUUCAGAUAUCA